UUGGAAAAAUAGAAAAUCCGAAACAGCGAACCCUAAUACCCCAUUUCUCUUUCAAAGUCUUACAUUAUUCAUUCAGAAAAUUGCAAUUAAAAAACAAUUACUGUCCAAAAACCCUAAUUAAAUACCACUCUUUCCCUUAAACUCAUUACCAUUUAACCUUAUUACGCAUAGAAUAUGUAUGUUUAUUAUUACAGAUAGUUAAUAUCCAAUCUCCUCCUUUUUAUUUAUUUCCACAACGUAAUCGUUUUUGUAAAGAUAUAAGAGAAAGAUUGAGAAUUUCCCAAUUGUUGUGUUGAUUUUGAAGCGAAAGAGAGAAAGAGAAUGGAGGGAAUACCGCAGCCAAUACCUAGAACCGUUGAAGAAGUUUUCAGCGACUUUAAAGGAAGACGCUCUGGCUUGAUCAAGGCUCUCACCUCUGAUGUUGAGAAGUUUUAUCAACAGUGUGACCCAGAAAAGGAGAACCUGUGUUUAUAUGGACUUCCAAAUGAAACUUGGGAAGUUAACCUGCCUGUGGAGGAGGUGCCUCCUGAGCUUCCUGAGCCAGCUCUAGGUAUUAAUUUUGCCAGAGAUGGAAUGCAGGAGAAGGAUUGGUUAUCACUUGUUGCAGUUCAUAGUGAUUCAUGGUUGCUUGCUGUAGCAUUUUAUUUUGGUGCACGCUUUGGGUUUGGUAAGAAUGAAAGGAAGAGGCUUUUCCAGAUGAUAAAUGAACUUCCAACAAUAUUUGAAGUUGUGUCAGGUAAUGUGAAACAAGCUAAGGACCAAUCUGCCACUCACAAUAACAGUGGCAAAAGCAAAUCAACCGGGAAAAUGCAAUCUCGGCAACCUGAACCUCCGACCAAGGCAGUGAAGAUGACUCCACCGGCAAAGGAAGAGGAUGAAAGUGGAGAAGAGGAAGAAGAAGAUGACGAACAGGGUGCUACUUGUGGUGCAUGUGGUGAAAGCUAUGGCACUGAUGAAUUCUGGAUUUGCUGCGAUGUAUGUGAGAGAUGGUUUCAUGGCAAAUGUGUCAAGAUUACACCUGCAAAGGCUGAACAUAUCAAGCAGUACAAGUGUCCGGGUUGCAGUGGUAAGAGGGCUAGAGUUUAAAAUUAGAUGCCGAAGCUGAAGAAGCUACGUCAAUUGAACAAAGCAGAUAAGGUUUAGAACUUCGCCUUUGCAGUUUCUGAAAAGUAAAAACAGAACCAGUUGCCCAUUCUAGUCGAUGAAUUUGAAUUACUGCUGAUUGAAUUUGAAGUAUUAGUACUUCUGGUUCCUGUCAUGUCUAAUUUUCUUGAGAAUUGUGUUUUUAAAUAGUUGGUGGCAACUAUAGAUAUUGUAUUACAUAUGUUCAUGUAGUUUUCUGGUUCUGAUCUGGAUUCAUAUAUUUUAUUGCAUUAUUUUCUUUUUACA